AUGUCGCAGCACACCAGCGGAGGCUACGGACAGCUUGACCGCCACGACAACGCGUCGGAGCAGCUCGACUACGACGGGCAUGCAACCCAGUCCCAGAAUCCAAGCAUGCCUCGUCUUCGUGGUGGUGACGCCUCGUACGACCCCAAUGGGGGUAUGAAUGACAACGGCAGGUCAGCUCGGACUACACAAGGAGAGGGCUAUGGUCGCCUCCCGCCCGCCGUUGCCAACGGAGUAGUCGACGAAGAUCUCUUUGAGGUCCCGUCGACCGACUUUUAUGCUGCUCAAGGCUCCCGACGCAACCGUCACCCGCAAGGUACUGGUCCAGCUCCGCGUGCGAUCAAAAAUAGAGGAGCUUUCAAUUUCAACGACGCUCAGCAGCCCAACCCAUGGCAUGGUGCCCAGCCUCAACAGAGGCGGGUUCCUGAGCGGCAGCGCGUACUCUCUCCAGAGUAUGAGCCCAAUGUGGAAGUCGAAGUUCGCCGCUUCGCUGAGUGUCAUGAUAGAGAUUUGCGAGCAUACCUUGCAGCGCGCUCCAUAUCUUUUGGGUUCCUCACGGAGAUUGACCAAUUCAUUCGAGGCCACCCAGAGAUCUCUACAUGUGCUGAAGGUCGGGCGACACUGCGCGAAAUCAGUGUACUUCCUCCGCUCCAGGCGUACAAGUACUUCCUGAAGGGCUACACACGACCAGCUAGAUACAUUGACGGUAUUAUCCGAACAGACGCCUUUACCAUACCUUUGGAUCUCACUUACCAGUCCCUGAGUACGAAGAAUGAUCCUGAGCUGGUCGACUUCUUCGAUGGCUUCGAUUUCCGUCAUGACAUAAUCGAGCGCAUCGACAAGGAAGUGUACAUGGGCAUGCAGGAUCUUGUGAACGGCAGGCAGGUACCUUUGUCAAUGCGUAAGCUUAUCUGCUACGCUGUCUGGGGCAAUCCUGUGGACGCGUACAAAUGGUUUGAGUACGCGUACCAGAACGAAUACAUGCCGCACAGGUAUCUACCUGAGCAUGUUGUGUUGCGUCACGUCCCAAAGCCCGUCAACUAUACCGAGCCCCGUGCGUCCGUACUUACCGGCCACAGAAAGCAUGGCGACGUUCGGGCUCGUAUGGCACGGGCAAAUGACCAAGGUGUUGGUGAGUGA